AUGUCGCGAGCCGGCGACGACGUGCUGGGGUCCAGCGACGACGACCUGGUCGAGGUCGAGGUCACCGAGACUCGCAGCAUCUUUGACAACCUGCUGAACCCGCGAGGCGUCCCGCGGCGGCCAGAAUUCAGCUUCCAGAACCAGAACCAACCAGCUGGCCAAUCUCGCCGGCCUCAGCCUGCCGGGCCGUCAGCCUCAUCACAACUGCGGCUGCGGCCCUCGCAUCAGGCCUCCUCCUCUCGCCGUCACAGAACCCCCGCCGCUACAACAGGAUCAGGAUCAGGAUCAGCCGUCAUCGACCUCACCGAGGAGCCAGAUUCACCCGUGGACCGACGAAGGACGCAGGCCGCCGGGCCUCAGGUAAUGCUGCAGCAGGUGCCGCACAACAGCGCCGGGAGGCAUCCGCGGAGGACGAAUUCACAGCGCAUCUCGCCGCCCCAGCUCUCGAGGAGCGACAGCACGUUUGUCGGCACCCCGAGCUUCAUCGACCUGACGGCAGACUCGCCCGAGGACGACCAGCGAUCAAACCGCGAGAGUUGGCGGACUCGCGCUCACCCGCGGCAUCACCACCACCACCAUCAUCACCACACCCACGAACAUCUCCGCCACCACGGCCGCGACCGCCUCAUUUCGCUCGACUUAAUUAACCACCAGCAACUCGAAUCCGAUUUUAGAGUCUUUGGUAGAACGCUGGCUGGCUUUCUGAGUGGCAGCUUCGGCAAUCUCGGUCCUGAGCUGCAGACCAUGUUUCCGAACCGCGAACCGACGCCCAAGCCGCCAAUGGAGCCCGUGCCGCCCGCCAGGACGGGAUUCACCCGCGAUACCCGAGCCGACGACAAGACCGAGCAGAUGGUGGUUGUAUGUCCGGCCUGCAACGAAGAACUCGCCUAUGACCCUACCGAUACACCGUCCACGCCGUCAAAGAAGAGGAAGAGGGCACCUGGAGAGCACCAUUUCUGGGCGCUAAAGAAGUGCGGUCACGUAUAUUGUGCCGAGUGCUUUGAAAACAGAAAACCGACAAAGACUGCCCCCGACGGAGUUGGUUUCCCAGGAGGCAAAACAACCCCCAACGAUAUUCGCUGUGCAGUAGAUGGGUGCGAAACCAAAGUGGCUCUCAAGACCGAAUGGGUCGGCAUAUUCCUUUGA